GGAGCUCUGACCGGUCACAGAAUGAACAACGGAGCGAGGCGGCGGCAUCCGUAGCGACACCCGCCAGCACAGAGGCUGAAAUCGGCUCUGAGCGGCAGAGCCCAAGUGCUGAAGUUGGCCCCGCGACGACGAAUGCUCCUGACGGAAAGGGGCGGAACACAGCAUUGAUGAGGGUGCUGCAGCAAAUUGUGGUGAUCAGCUGCUCAGUGCUGCGCCCGUGGGGAACAAUCGGCGCUGUGUUCGAAUCCACCAGGAUGUUCCAGGUUCUGGCAGCGCUCGCCUUUGGAUUGGUUGUCGGCCCACGGGAAUAUGGAGUUGGUCUUCCGCCGUUUCCAGCGCUGCUGAUAACAGAGGCUGCAAUUGUCACUGGUGGAUGGGUGCUUCACAGAGGAAACAGAACAUACUCUGGAGAGCAGGUGAGCUUGUGA